GGAAUGAGGCUCCGCUCGCCCGCCACACUACUACUCUCCAAUGCGUUCUCGUCCUCCGCCCCCACCGCCACCCUCGCCGCCCACUUUGGUCGCCACGUCGACACCACCUCCGUCGCUUCAUGGAACGCCGCCAUCGCCGACCUCGCCCGUGCCGGGGACUUCGUCGACGCCCUUCGCGCCUUCGCAUCCCUCCGCCGCCUACGCCUCCGCCCCGACCGUUCCUCCUUUCCCCCGGCCCUCAAGUCCGCCGCCGCCCUCGCUUCGCUCCCCUCCGGCCGACAGCUUCACCUCUUCGCCCUUCGCCUCGGCCUCCUCCCGGACCUAUUCGUCGCCUCCUCCCUCGUCGACAUGUACGCCAAGUGCCGCGAGCUGUCCGACGCCCGCCGGGCCUUCGACGAGUCCCCCCACCGCAAUGCCGUUCUAUGGACCGCCAUGGUCGCGGGAUACGUCUGGAAUGACGCUCCCGAGGACGCCAUCUUCUUGUUUAAGGACUUCCUUGCUGAUGAAGGCGGGGCGGGCAUCGACUCCGUGGCGGCUGUGGCAGUGCUCUCUGCAUGCUCGAGGGUUUCUGGUAAGAAGGUUGCCGAAGGGAUCCACGGGCUCGUGAUGAAGGUUGGGUUGGAAAUGGAUGUGGGAGUGGGGAACACACUGACGGACGCCUAUGCUAAAGGAGGAGACUUGAGUUUGGGGCGGAAGGUAUUUGAGGGAAUGGCCGCAAGAGAUGUUGUAUCUUGGAAUUCAAUGAUUGCGUUGUAUGCUCAAAAUGGGCUCUCGGCAGAGGCAUUGGAGCUAUAUACUAAGAUGUUGACUAAUGGAAGCAUUCAACAUAAUGCUGUGACGCUCUCCGCAGUGCUGCUGGCGUGUGCACAUGCAGGAGCAUUGCAAAUAGGAAAGUGCAUUCAUAACCAGGUGGUCAGGAUGGGCUUGGAGAAAGAUGUGUAUGUGGGCACAUCAGUGGUUGACAUGUACUGCAAAUGUGGGAGAGUGAGGAUGGCAAAGAAAGCCUUUGACCGCAUGAAGGAAAAGAAUAUCUUAUCAUGGUCUGCCAUGGUUGCCGGUUAUGGCAUGCAUGGUCACGGACAAGAGGCUCUGAAGGUUUUUCAUGAAAUGACGAGGUCAGGAGAGAAGCCAAAUUACAUAACCUUUGUUUCUGUCUUGGCAGCUUGCAGUCAUGCAGGGCUUGUGAACGAAGGCAGAUAUUGGUUGGAUGCAAUGAAAAGAAAGUUCAAUAUUGAACCUGGUGUGGAGCAUUAUGGAUGCAUGGUAGACCUUCUUGGACGAGCAGGUUGUCUUAAUGAAGCUUACAGAUUGAUCAAGGACAUGAAAGUCAAGCCUGAUUUUGUCGUCUGGGGUGCCCUUCUUAGUGCAUGUAGGAUUCAUAAGAAUGUCGAGCUAGGAGAGAUUUCUGCUAGGAAACUGUUUGAGCUGGAUCCAAAGAACUGCGGCUACUAUGUUUUGCUCUCUAAUAUUUAUGCAGAUGCUGGAAGGUGGAAUGAUGUUCAGAGGCUGAGAGUUAUAAUUAAGAACAAAGGGCUGGUAAAGCCACCAGGGUAUAGUUCAGUGGAAUUUAAAGGUAGGGUUCAUGUAUUUCUAGUUGGGGAUAAAAAGCACCCACAACAUAUAGAGAUCUAUAAUUAUUUGGAAAAGCUGAGAGUUAGGAUGCUGGAAGCUGGUUAUGUCCCAGAUACAGGAUCAGUUCUCCAUGACGUAGAUGAAGAAGAAAAAGAAACAGUAUUACGUGUUCACAGCGAAAAGCUGGCUCUCGCUUUUGCAAUUAUUAACACAGCUCCUGGAACGACGAUCCACAUCAUCAAGAAUCUUCGGGUUUGUGGUGACUGUCACAGUGCAAUCAAGCUGAUCACAAAGCUUGUACAACGGGAGAUUGUUGUUAGAGACUCUCACCGGUUCCAUCAUUUCAGAGAUGGGUCCUGUUCUUGUGGGGAUUAUUGGUGACAGUAUCUAAUUAGAAAAUGCAUUAUGUGCUUCUCCAAUUUGUGUUCAAACCACUUCUGCUCAAUUAGGAAAAGGUUAAUAAUGCCGCACUCUGAACAACCAGGGGAAGGAAUCAAGCCUUUAAAUAAAUGUUCAGUUUUUAAACUCUGCUUACUUCAGUGGGUAUUCCUGUUGAUGCUGCUAAGUGGAGCUAAUUUGUUUCUGGUUGCUGAAAGCUGGAAUUCUGAAUAUUCUACAUAUGUAUUCUGCUGACUGGAAGUGGCUCAGAUAGCACAUGUUCAAGUCAGAACUCGAUGAACAGAGGCUGAGAUUCUUGAUAUUCCUGAAUGCAAAUUCUAUUUUAUCCUAUCCAGCUUCGACUGUAAGGAAAAAUGGACUAUUUUUUUUUUUUUGUGUAACUUUAGAUAGAAAUGUGUUUCCUUCAUUUAUAUGAGAUGACUAAGCAUAGGUGAGGAUCAGAUUGGUUCUUUGUGUACUCUUACACCCACAUUAUUUAUCAGAGAUACGACAUUGUUAUAA